AUGGACCCAAGACAGCGCCCCCAGCAGCAGCGCCAGCACCAGUACCGCGCUCCGGCUGCUGCAGCUCCUGCAAACCCCAACAACUUCGCCUCCCCAGCAAUCGCCUCGCCCUUCCCUCGGCCUCACGCCACCCCGUCGCCCGGCGCAAACCACUCGCCCUUCUCGGCCUACCCGACCGACCAUCGACGCACCUCCGAUACGCCCUACUACCCCCCCGCCGCCCGCUCAAGCCUCCCCGACCUGGGCCACGCCCGCGCCCAGAGCGCCUCGUCUCUGCCGCCAGCCAGACAGCUUGGCCGCGCCAUGGCGCCGCCGCCGCCGUCCUCGCCUCCCCAACCGCCGCACCAGCAUCCCUCCUCCCAGCCUGCCAUGGCGUACGGGCCGCCGCCCCCGAGACCGCCGCCGCUCCCAGUUGGGCCGUCAAACGCCUUUCCCUCGGCCCGCGAGCUCCCUGCCCUGGGCUCCCUCUCACGAUCCGGCAGCGCCGCCGGCAGCUCCAUGUCCAUAUCCUCCAUGCUUGGCGGCCCGCCUCCCGCCUUGCGCGACUCCCAGCCUCCGCCCUCCCAGCACUACCCGCCGCACGCCGUCGCUCCCGCCGCACCCGGCUCGAGCUCCGGAUACGCUUCCUCUGUGCAUGCGUCGCCCCGGAUGCACUCGGCUUCGUCCGAAUACCCUCCCUUUCGUCGUCCGCAGACUCCCGAUCAUCAACGCCCUUACGAUCCGCGCGGCAGCACCGCCCCGUCUCCCCGCGGCCACUACUCGACCCCCGAUCUCCAGCGCUAUGGCACGCCUCAGGCCGGCUACCACUCGCGCCAUCCAUCCGCCCCCGCUGACACGUCGAGGGAACCGGGUAGCUUGUCCGCCGGCACGCCUGGCGCUAAUCAGCCGAAGCCCUAUGGCAACGUCGCGCCCCGACCCAUGGACUUGGCCAGGCCCGACGAAGCAUACGCCCGUCGGGAAGAGGUCGGCCGGUCCGCGCCGGUUAUCGACUACAACCCCGAGCGUUCGGGGCCGAGACCGUACGCAUACGAAGAUCGUUUUCGAGCAGAGCGCGAGCGGCAGGGCGUACCCGAGCCGCGAGAACGACCAGGCAGGGAGCGAGCGUACUCGGGUGAUUCCCACCGGCACAUGUUGUCGCCGCGCGAAAUGGGCCGCCGCGAAUCGCACACCAGCCAGCCCCAGUACGGCCCUCCGCCUGAAAAUCGCGACCAGCGCGACCCCAGAGACACGCAAUGGGGGCGUCCUAGCGCCGAGUCCAACUAUCGAGCUCCCAUGGACCAUCAGCGACCGCCGGCAGAACCUCCCUCGUCAUCCGGCUCCUACCCGCCGCAACAUGCACCCGCGUAUCAGGCCGCGCCUCCGGAAAGAUAUCCGUCCGCCUCGCAACCGCCGCCUCACCCCCAAGCCUCUUCGAACGCCGCGCCGUUCGAGCCGCCUGAACACUCCCGGAUCGAUCACGUGCACCAGCAGCACCAGCAAACUCAGCAUUACCCCUUGCAUCGCCCCCGUCACGCCGAAGAAGCGCCGCCGCCGCCACAGCCACCCUCGAUUGCGUACAACGGCGGCCACAACCCGUUGCCGUUUGAUUCACGCAACCGCACUGUCGAGGAAUCGGCUGGGCCCGGCAUCCACCAGCGGAACCUGCUUGCUGUUCAAGACAUCAACCGAAAGGGCCGCGUUUCUCCCUUGCCCCAAGCCGUACAGGGGGCCCAACCCCAGCAUCCGGGACCUGCUGGGGAGCCAGGCAUCAAGAGCGAGUUUGGGCGCAUGUUCUCGGGCAUUGGAAGCGGAGUCAGCGCCAUAGGCGUGUCGAGCCCGGCCGCGUCGGGCGCCGUCGCAGCGUACGGCAAUGCGCCGUCGAUCAAGCGUGAAGACGUUGAGAAUGCAGCGCCCGACUCGGGCCCCGAGGCUGCUGGCAAGGGCAAGGGCAGGAGACGGAAGCUCAAAGAUGACGAGACUCGCGGAGACGACGACACUUCGGGCCGGGCCACCCCAGGGGCUCGCACCAACAAGCGGACAAAGGCGCACCAACACCAUCACCACCACCAUCACCACCACCACCACCACCAUGCGUCCGAGGCCACCUCAUCCCCCACCGCGGCAGUCGCCCCGUUUAAGAACCUCAAGGGCGGUCCAUUGGCAGCGUCCCCGACCGAAAGGGGGGCCCCUGCUCCGCACCACCACCACCAUCACCACCACGGGCCUCGGGCAGCUCAGCAGACCCCGGGGUCGCAGCCCAAGAUGACAAUCACGUCCAAAGCCGUGCUCGACGCAGUGGCCCAUCGACCCCGACACCACCUCGGCGACUUCAUCUACGAGGCAGGAUUGAGGCCAGGGCGACUGCUGCCCAACACCCCCUCACACAGGGGCUACUCCUCGAACCCGAGGCCGCUUCCCUGGGACGUGGUUGAAGGUAAGGAGAACUGCAUCCUGACCGUCAAGGUGCCGCGGGUGCAUCUGUCAGCGCCGGCUCGCGAGGAGAUCACGGCGAGGGCAUACCUUUGGGGGACCGACAUUUACACGGACGACUCGGAUGUCAUGGCAGCCUGCAUCCACGGCGGCUGGAUCAAGGGCGAAUGGGCCGAGGAUUUCGACAGCGCCGCGUUCGACUUAGACGACGGCCAUCGCCGCAAAACGAAGAACCGGGCAAACGAGUCGCUCGACCUCGAGUCCGAGGGCCUCAUCACUUCGCCACCCCAAUCUGGGCCGCUGUCCAUCCCGACCAACCGCGACCUUCACGUCAAUGUCCUCAUCCUCCCCAAAUUGGUCAAGUACGCGGCGACGACGCGGUUUGGCAUCUCGAGCCGCGAGUUUGGCGGCCAGUAUGGCGCGCGCCAGUCGGUUCAUGACGGGAUCAGCUACAUGGUUGAGAGCAUUCGCUGGGUGGAGAACGGGGGACAGCCGCAGGCAAGACUGCGCGGAAAGGCUCGCAGAGAACGCAUGCGCAAGGUGAUGAAGGAAGUCACGGCCAGCUUUGGCAACACCAACGGCCUGGAACAACACCAGCCCAAGCUCCAGCCCGGAAAGGACCAUGACGUGGGCAUUUUGCGGAGCGAGAUAAUAGGAAGCUGGCACAGGAGGGGCGCCGAGGAGGCCCCGAAGGAGAGCGCCGACACGGGCGACAAGGAACGCGAGCCCAGCGAGGGUGACAAGGAAAACCGUUUGGCUCACGAAAGACGGCUUGCUGAGGCGCCGCAAGACAUCAAGGCCGCACCAAACGAAAACGUCGAAAUGGUGGAUGCCGACGCUGCCGAAAAGUCUACGGGCGGCGACAAGAAGUAA